UAACCGUCAUCUCAUCUCAUCUGUUAGUGUUUGAGUUUUGUGUAGUUAAGUUGAGUGUUUUUAUUUGAUUAUUAUUUAAGGAAUGAUAUUGGUGAAAUUGUAAAAAUAUGGAACAUCAUAAAGAGCCAAUUAGCGUCCGAAUCGCCAGAAUAAACUCCGAAAUAUCUGGAGCUUGUUCGAAAAUAAACAAAUCUAAUACGUUGUUGGCGAGAGAAACUCUUUUGGACAUUUUGCAAGUUUUGUACGAAGAAUGUUGUUCGGAAUCGCUGCAAAAGUACGAUCCAAACAUUACAAAGUUCGUUCAAAAGUACAAAGAAACCAUGAAGGAUAUAAAAAGGCUAAGAGUAAACAUAACCGAUUUUGAAAUAAGGAACGUUAUAGGAAGGGGUCAUUUUGGAGAAGUACAUUUAGUCAAAGAAAAGCAAACCGGCGAUGUAUACGCUAUGAAAAGCAUCAGAAAAUUCGACAGUGAUUUAAGUAAAAUCAGCUUCGAAGAAGAGAAAAAUAUUAUGGCAUUUUCUAACUCAAAUUGGUUAGUCUCUUUACAGUACGCUUUUCAAGACAGUACUUAUUUGGUAUUUGUAACAGAAUACCUUCCUGGUGGUGAUCUCUUAGGAUUACUUUACAGACAAGGUGGUACUAUACCCGAAAGUGCUGCAACUUUUUAUCUAGCUGAAUUGCUUGUGGCUUUGGAUGAUUUACACAAGAUGGGGUACGUUCACAGGGACAUUAAACCAGAUAAUAUCCUAUUGGAUCGUUGCGGUCAUAUAAAAUUAGCUGAUUUUGGUUCAGCUGCGAAACUGAACGAUAAAGGAUUAGUAACAGAAGGUCCUCCAGUGGGUACUCCCUAUUAUAUAGCACCUGAAGUUUUGCAGUCCUUGAAUGGUCAAAAUAGCGCCUAUGGGAUAUCUUGCGAUUUUUGGUCCCUUGGAGUCCUAGCUUACGAACUAACAAUCGGAAACACUCCAUUCACCGGCGCAACUACCAGUUCAGUUUAUUCGAAGAUUAUGAAUCAUAGUAAAUCGUUAAAAUUCCCCCCUGAUUUAGUUAUUACUCAAGCGUACGUUUCGUUAAUUAAAAAAUUAUUGACCGACGUUAAUUCGCGAUUGGAUUCGAAGCGAAUUAAAGAGCACAGUUUGUUUAAAAGUACGUGCUUCGACAGCCUGCGAGAACAAGUCCCACCGUUUGUACCUAAAAUCACCUCCGAGGAAGAUACCAGUAAUUUUACCGAUGUGACCGCAAAGAAGAACAAUCCCAAUGUCGAUUCGUUUAAGAAACGUACUCAUUUUUCCGGGAGGAAUCUACCGUUCGUCGGAUUCACUUACGUUCAAGAUUCGAUUUGCGUCGAGAACGCUUCCGAAAGAAAAAUCCUGAAUAAAGAUGUAUUUUUGGAAGGUCUCAAAAAGGAAAUUGAAACGUUAAGAAACGAUUUGAUAACGAGCCAGAAUUUGAUUAAAUCAAAGGAAAAUACCGAAUUGAAAUAUGAGGAAAUCUCGAGAAAAUUGGAGAACACCCAGAGCCUGAGGGAUCGGUUAGAGAGGGAAUUGGGUUUGAGUAUAGCGGAGAAUACAGCUUUGAAAAGAACUUUAGAAAUCGAGCGCAAAGAUCGAACGGAAUUAGAAAAGAAGGCGCUCGAUAUAAUAAAAUCGGCCAAACUAAAAUGGGAGACGUCGGAAAAAACCAAAACCGAAUCGCUAACGUUAGAAAUUGAACAACAAAAGGUGAAAAUAUCGGAAUUAACGAUGACCAUCGACGUUUUAAACCAGCAACUUCAACGGGCCCUUCAGCUGCAGAAGCACGGCAAAGAGAGUUUAGAGAAAGUCGAGUCAUUAAGCAGGAGAAGCGUAAUCGGACUCGAAUCCAGAUUGGACGAAAUCACCAACGAAACGCAAACAGUAAUCGCCGAAUUGCAGAAGAAACUAACCGACGAAUUACACAAACGUAACGUAUUGGAAAACAAAUUAUCCAACGCCGAAGAGAAGGAAAAGAACUUGAUAGAAAAGCUCAAAAAUCGCGACAGCGACUUAGAUUACUGGAAAUCGAAAACCAACGACUUGGAACGCCAGAUGAAAUUGCUCAACAAUCGAGCGAUCGCUUUGGAAAACGACGUUAAAUCAAUCGACGAUUACAAAGAGGAAAUAUCCAAAUUGCGCGAUCAAAUCGACGAGGAUCGCAGAUCGAUAAAGGACCUGGAGAACCGGAACGUUUCCCUGCAGAGAGACUCCCGCUUCACGGAGGAAUGCAAAAAGGAAAUGGAAGAAAUGAAGAAGACCCUAUCGAUGAUGCAAAACGACAAGAAACUGUCUGAGCUGGAGAGCCGACUGGCGGAGGAACGGGAAAAAUGUUCGACGUUGAGACAAAGACUGGAAGAAUCCGAAUGCGCCGUAACGGAGAACCAGGAAUUGAAACAACUCAGGACCAAGUUAUGGCGCGCCGAAAAGGACUUGAGCAACGCCAAAAUCGACAGAAGGAUCUUGGAGAGGGAAUUGAAGGAUGCUCGAGAGGAGAUGAAGCAAUUAACCGAGCAAACCAAGACUAUCGAAGAAGAUCUGGCGCAAUCUAGAAAGGCCAACGAAGCGGCUCUCCUGGAAUUGAACGGCAUCAACGAAAAUUUGUCAUUGGAAUUGAUUAAGACUAAAGAUAGUUACAAAAACUUGCAAGAGAAAUUGUCCAGCGAAAAGGAAAAAUUGGAAAUCGAAAAAUCGGUAAUAUCCGAACUCAGAGAUAUGACGAAGACCAAAGACAGUCAAAUAAACUCGUUAAUUGUCGAUUUGAGCGGACUGAAAAAGGAACGCAACAAUUUAGAGAACGAACUCAAAAGUUCCCAAAGCGAAAAAGACAAACUGACGGGAUUCGUGGAAUUAUUGCAAAAAGAGAAACGGGAAAUCCAGGAUGAAUGGGAUAAAACGAAAAGAGAAUUGCAAAAUACUAAUUUGAAUUUGCACGCUUUACGAGAAGCCUGCACGUUAUUAGAGAACCAGGUCAUCGAAUACGAGAAGAUCAACGCUUCCUACGAAGCCAAACAAGCCUCAUUGAACGGCAACACCGAGAAGCUCAUUCGAGAUUUGUGCGAGGCGAAAAGCGAAACGCAGGAAGCCAAGAAGCGCAUCAACGAAGAGAAAUCGGCCAACAUCCUUGCCGAAUCUAAAAUAAAACGGCUCAACGAGGACGUCGCCCGUUUGAACGAAGAAUGUCAGAACUAUCGGCAACAGUGCUUCGAUUUCAAACAGUUUUCGACCGGAUUGAGCGACGAAUUGGCGGUAGCCGAGGAAAAAAUCAGCGAUUUGGAUGUUACCGUUAAGACGUAUCAAAGACAGAUCGAUGAUUUAAGAUCGGAAUUGCGACAACUCAAACAGGAAGCGUCCGAUUAUUUGACCCAAUUGAACAAAUCUAAAGAAUCGAAUUACAAAAUGCGUCGACAACUCGGCGAAGAGAAAGAGGAGAAUGUCGCGUUGUCCCAGCACUUGAGCGAAACCCGAAGGAUUUUAAUGGAGAAGACGAACUAUUACAAAGAAAGGGAGUUGAAGUCCGAGGCGACGAUCAAGCAACAGAUUAAAUUGAUCGAUUAUUUGCAAACAAAGAUUGACGAGCACACGAAUAAGAAAAAAACUUUCACCGAAGUUCUAUUCGGCAGUUCGAAAAAAGAAAACCAACCGCCCGUAUCUAUGGUAAUGAAUUACAAGGAUUUAGAAAGCCAAUUGUCGAAAGAAAGACAGAUUAACAAAAAUCUCCAAGAAGAAAUAUUCAAGUUGAAGUUGAAUUUACAGGGUAAAGACGCUGUAGCGGUUAAAUCGAAAGUCGAACGUCACAAAUCCGAAAUUUUAUCGCCCAAGAAUAAAAUUGUUACGAAAGACAGCGAACAGAAAUUUUACAGACAAAGUUCUCUGAACCGAAUGCAUCAUAAUAUACCACACAGAUUCGAAUCAAAAAUUAGUUACUCUUCGACGAAAUGCGCCGGUUGUUCGGAAGCGGUCUCGUUGGGCCGCAUCGUAGCCAUAUGCACCGAAUGCAAUGUGUACACUCACGUCGAUUGCAAGAAUCGAAUGCCCAACACUUGCGGACUGCCCGAAGUUUAUGCCAAGCAUUUCAUGGACAAUUCGAAGCAAGACGACGUUCGAUCCAUUACCAAUCAAUCCAACGACGAGAACGUCAACAUUCAAGGAUGGAUUAAGGUUCUGGGAUCAACGAAUUGUUGGGAAAAACAAUACGCCAUCAUGACGGACAAUUCCCUUCGCUUAUACACGUCCCCGCCGAAGGAACGAUCAUGUACCUUGCUCAGAACGUUGGAACUGAGACCGUCGAACGGGACCGGUAAGGUCGUAUCGGAACCGUUGCCAUCGGAAAUCGGCGUACCGACCGCCGAAAGCGACUUGCCGUUCGUGCUGAAAAUCGAAUUCUCCGACAACGAAUCGAAUCUUCCCACCGAUCGUUUGGUAUUUCUGACGCUUUCGGCUCAGGAUAAGGACGCGUGGUUCGCUGCCUUGCAGAAAAUCUACUACGACGACGUGGAUCGUCCCAAAUGCGAGACGAUCUUAACCGUAGAGGAACCGUUGAGGAUCGUUUGCGUGGCCGAUUUAACCGAUGGAUUGAAAUUGCUCGGGACAGAAUCGGGGCUUUAUUCGUAUUACGAAAAUAAACUGAUACGCAUUGAUGGAAUCGACAAGGUUCAUCAUGUCGCUGUAAUGUCGAUGAUCAAUCAAAUAAUAAUGAUCGUCGAUGAAGAAAGAAGAUUAAUCAAAUGCGAUAUAAAUCAUUACAUAAACAUAACGCAAUGUGCGCAUUGCGUCAAACCGACUUUGAAAUACAAUGAAGUGGAUGUUUCGAAUUUGAGCGGUUUCCACUUUUUGAAAGUAUCCACCUUCAAAAACCAAGAAAAAUUUUGUGCAGCCACCCUUCGUCAGCUGGUCAUUGUGAAUUUCGAUUCGUUAAAUGGGGAAUUUACGACCGUAAAGAUUUUAGAUACGGCCGAACCGACAACCUGCGCUCUAUUCACCGAAAAUAGUCUCAUAGUUGGAGCCGAUAAAUUCUUCGAGGUGGAUUUGGUGACAUUUCAAGCGGAGGAAUUUUUGGACGCGUCCGAUGUUAAAUUGAGGGCUACUGAAAGUUGUUACAAAAUGGGUUCCUUCCCGAUGGCGGUGAUGCAGGUGUGCACCAAUCCCAAGGAGUACCUUCUUUGCUAUAAAGAAUUUUCCAUUUUCGUGGACGAGUACGGUAGAUCUAGUCGUCAAAGGGAAUGGAAAUCCCACCGGCUACCGUCGGCUUUCCACUACACCAAACCUUAUUUGUACGUAUCGCAAUUUUCCGGCAUCGAAGUAUUCAAAAUAACGGACGAAACUUGUAACGGAGCUGAAGAGAAAACUGAAAGCUACAGGAUCGAGAUGGAUCCGUUCGAUUAUUUGGGAUCGAAUAAACGCGGGAUUUAUAUCGGUAUAAAAAACGAGGUGAAAUUCGUGGACGCCUCGGAAUUGCCGCCGUUUGAAGACUCGUCGCUCGUCAGUGAAACAUCCGAUAAUGUGUCGGAAGAUCGAUUUACAUUCAGUAGUUCAAUUGUACAAAGUUUAGAUGGAAAUUCGAGCGGUUCCGAGGUGGCGGAGGAACGUCAAAGAAAGGUUACAUUUUCGUUGAUUAAAUAGUUUUUAGGCUUUAAAAGUCAAUGGCUAUAUUUUACUUAAUUUUAUACUUACUAGUAUCUAUAAUUAUAAGAAAUUAAAUGUUUUGUAACGGUUACAUGUAAUGUUACAUCAAAAACUUGACUGAAAAUAACCAAAGAAAAACAUUUAAAUUUUGGUUAUUACGUUUUUACAGGGUAGGUAUUUUCUAACACUUUCACGUGCCAAUUGCCUUUAUUAUACUAUUUUGGACGAUUUUUUACUAUUCUUUUAUAAUCGGUUAAUAUUUAAAAAAUGGCAGUGAAAUACCUAGAUAGAAAAUAAUUUAUUUCAAAUUAAUUUCUUCAAUAAGAUCUCUUAUUCUUGCCUAACGAUUUUAUCAUUUUUAUAAUAUAUUUUUGAUGUAG